CAGCUCCUCCCCCAUGCGCGCGGGGCUUCAUUUGAUCAAAUCCUUCAACUUGGACCACUUAGGCUCAGCUGCACUUUUUUACAACACUGCAUUUGGGCACCGCCACAACUUACGCAGCAGUUCCUCUUCCACAGCGCAGCAACAAUUAACACACAGCGGAGAGGCAGAGAGCGGAGUGUGGGGGGGAAAAAAAGGACUUCUUGCCUGCACCGCAUCUUUCUGUGCCGCCAGCCAUGGAGACGGGCUCCACAUUUUGCCCAAAGUGGCACAGUGCGCUUUGGCUUUUGCUUUUGAUGAUGCUCAGCUUUUUCCACGCAGCCAAAGCUGAGAUAACUUGCAGGUCGUGUCAGCCUGGAAAUAAGUGGCGCGCACGGGAAUUACUGUUGAAUUUCGACACGAGUGGGUCCUCGGCGGGGUUGAAGAGAGAAGUUUUGGGACGCGGGGACGGGGCGGCGGGGAGAGCCCGGGCUGCGGGUGGAGGGAGUCGGCGGCUCCGUUGCGCGGCGGGGUCCGCUGACUGCGCUCCGGAUGAGGCGGAGUACACGGGGCCACGGCUGGGACGGAAUACACGCAGCCUGCGCGCAAACGGUGACAUUGGCGAGAGCGAGUUUGCGAAGACUAAAGUUUCAUAUGUGAAAAUGAGCGGCCAGCGGAGGUCCAGCGACGGGGCCGGUCUCCCCUCGGCCGUCUCACUCAAAAGGCGCACCAGGAGGAACAGUGGUAAAGAUGAAGCCAGGUCCCCCCGCGCGGCCCGACGCCAGGACCCGGGAGAGGGCACCGGUUCGGCGGCGGCACGCAGAGUGACGCGCUCUGAAUUGCGCAGGAGCGGAGAGGAGCGGAGAGCCGCUGGUCCGAGGCAGGAGGAGCUCAAACUUAACAGUUCGACGUUCGCCUUGACCGGGGACUCAUCUCACAACCAGGCUAUGGUGCACUGGUCCGGCCAGAACAGCAGUGUGAUUCUGAUGCUGACCAAACUAUUUGACUUCAACCUCAACAGUGUGACUGAGAGUUCAUUAUGGAGGUCAACCGACUAUGGAGCAACGUACCAGAAGCUGAAUGACAAAGUCGGAGCAAAGACAAUACUCAGUUACCUUUAUGUGAGCCCGAACAACAAGAGAAAGAUCAUGCUGCUAACUGAUCCGGACGUGGAGAGCAGUCUCCUGAUCAGCUCCGAUGAAGGAGCAACCUACCAGAAGUACCGACUCAACUUUUACAUCCUCAGCCUGCUCUUCCAUCCUGAGCAGGAGGACUGGAUUCUUGCCUACAGCCACGACCAAAAGCUCUACAGCUCAGUGGAGUUCGGGAGGAGGUGGCAACUGGUGCAUGAGAGAGUGGCUCCGAAUCGCUUCUACUGGUCGAAAAUGGGUCUGGACAAAGAGCCGGGCCUAAUUCACCUGGAAACCAGCAUCUCUGAAGGACAGGCACUGUAUGUCACCUGCAAGCUGCAGAACUGCACAGAUGCCAACAAGGGCAAACCAUUCCCAGGCUACAUUGACCCCAAUUCUCUGGUGGUGCAAGAUGAGUAUGUCUUUGUCCAGGUAUCAACUGCGGGGAGGCCAAUCUACUACGUGUCUGCUAAAAGAGACGUCUUUACCCCGAUGAAGCUGCCCAAGUACACCCUACCCAAGGACCUGCAUGUGAUCAGUACGGAUGAGAACCGUGUGGUGGCAGCCGUGCAGGAGUGGAACCAAAACGAAACCUACAACCUGUAUGUGUCCGACACGUCAGGGGUCUACUACACGCUGGCUCUGGAGAAUGUGGUCAGCAGCAUGGGCCACGAGGGCAACGUCAUGGUCAAUCUAUAUGAGGUAGCGGGAAUAAAAGGGAUGUUCCUGGCCAACAGGAAGACGGAUAACCAAGUAAAGACGCACAUCACCUACAACAGAGGCAGAGACUGGAGGCUGCUGCAGGCGCCGAGCAAAGACCUGAGGGGCAACAACAUUCACUGUGUGCUACCGUACUGUUCGCUACAUCUCCAUCUCCAAGUUUCUGCAAAUCCCUACACAUCUGGAAACAUAGCCAGCAGGGAGUCAGCGCCGGGGAUCAUUGUCGCAUCAGGCUCAUUUGGCUCGGAGCUGACCCCCAGCAACGUCAGUGUGUACAUCACCUCAGAUGCAGGAAACACAUGGAGACAGAUCUUUGAUGAGGAGUAUGCAGUGCUCUAUCUUGACCAAGGAGGCGCCUUGGUUGCAAUAAGACACACUCCACUUCCCAUCCGACACCUAUGGUUGAGCUUUGACGAAGGACGGCAGUGGAACAAGUACAGCUUCACUAACACGCCUCUGUUUGUGGACGGGGUGCUGGGAGAGCCCGGGGAAGAGACUCUCAUCAUGACGAUAUUCGGCCACGUCAGUCAUCGCUCUGAGUGGCAGCUGGUGAAAAUCGACUUCAGGUCCAUCUUCAACAGGAGAUGUACAGAGGCGGAUUAUCAGACGUGGCACCUGCACAACCAGGGUGAGCCGUGCCUCAUGGGAGUGAAAAGAAUCUACCGGAAACUGAAGCCCACGUCCAGGUGUGUUAUGGGAAAGAUGUACUCGGUGUCAAUGACGUCGGGACUCUGCGAAUGCACAGAGGCUGACUUUGAGUGUGAUUAUGGCUACGAGAGACGGUCCAAUGGAAAUUGCAGCCCAGCCUUUUGGUUCCAUCCAUCAUCGAUGUCCAGGAGUUGCACAACGGGGAUGACUUUCCUUAACAGCACUGGCUACAGGAAAGUGGUGUCUAAUAACUGCACAGCUGGAGUCAGUGUGGAGUACACAGCCAGGAGGCGGCAGUGUCCCGUCCUAGCACCCAAAGGCCUCCACCUGGUCACCAGUGAGGGCACAGUGACAGCCACGUUGGGCAUCAAUGUCACCUUCCUCGUUUUUCUGGAGGAGGGUGACGGAGCGAGGACGAGCAUCAACCUGGACUUCGGAGACGGCCACGCUCUGACGUACUCCAACGUGAGCUCCAUCGAGGAUGGCAUCAAACACAUCUACAGGGCUGUGGGAAUCUACCGGGUGAUCGCCACCGGGGAGAACAGUCUGGGUUCAGAGGCCGCCAUGCUGUACCUACAUGUAACAUGUCAGCUGGAGUAUAUCCAUCUCUCAGCUCCCUUUGUGGCGGUGAGGAAUAAGGAAGUGAACCUGACUGCUGUUCUCUGGCCCAGCCAAGUGGGAACGGUCACCUACAUCUGGUGGAUCGGAAAUAACACAGAGCAGCCAGUAAUCACCCUAGAGGGAAGUGUAGCAUGCAUGUUCUCCAGGGAAGGCAUCAACACAGUCACCGUGCAGGUGUCUGCAGGGAAUACUAUUCUGCAGGACAGAAAAACCAUCGCUGUCCACGAAUAUUUCCGAUCUCAUCUGCUCGCCUUUUCAUCAAACCUUGACGACCACAACCCUGAUGUCGCAGAAUGGAGGCUGGACGUGAGCCGAGUCAUCAAGAACUCUCUGAUCCAGGCCACAGCCGUGAGAGAGGACAAGCUCCUGGUCGCCGUCCUCCCAGGUGUACCAACCGCAGCGGAGUUUUUCCUCCUGCCUGACAAACAGUUAACUGAGGGGAAGCCAGAGAAGACUGCUGCUCAUUUAGAUCAGCUCUCGGAGGUUUUGCUGAGCGCCUUGAACCAGAACCUUGUCCAGUUCACGCUGCGGCCGGGGGUCCAAGUCACUGUGUACGCAGCGCACCUAUCAGCAGCGCCCCUAGUGGACACCAGCGAGAACCACAGCAGCUCCGCCAUGCUAAUGCUGCUCUCCGUGGUGGUUGUGGGUUUAGCGGUGUUUGUCGUCUACAAAUUCAAGAGGAAGAUCCCAGGCCUCAACGUCUAUGCGCAGAUGCAGAAUGAAAAAGAACAAGAAAUGAUGAGUCCAGCCAAUCCAACAGAGGCCACGCCCGGCUCACAGCGGGACUUGGUGCAUUCUUUGGAGAUUCUGGACACAGAGUUGAACUCACGGCCCAUCGAAGUGAAAUGGUCUCGCGUGGGGCAGAACCAGAGCUAAACAAAAAUGAGCAUGACGGAAAGUAUGGUUGCCUCUAAGCAGCACAGUUAACACAUGGUUCUGCUCGGUACUGUUGCUCUUUAAUUCUCAUGAAAAUACAAACGAGGGACUUUUUAUAUCCUCAUUCCUUUUCAAUGAUCUGAAAAAAUGUACGUUGUUACCCACAAGUGCUGUGGUUCCAUGGAAUAUGACAUUUGUCAGUAUCAGUACUGCUGUUAGCACAUACUCACGUUAGGUCUACAUUUUCUUGAAAGUGAGAAUAGAGGGAAAAACAAAAAGAAAAGAAAGUCACACAUUCUCCCUCUUCUCAUAAACAAUAAAACACAUCGUGCUUGUUGCCAGUACUGAGCCGAACACUGUGGUCAGCUGUGACUCGAAGUUUAUGUCGGCUAAAAUUAGCAACAUUUUCUUAACUUUGUUGUGUUACUGACCUUCCGAUGUCCUUUUACUGACUUUGCUCCCGUUACUCGUUCACUGUUUCCAUUCUUUAAAGCUGCUUUACAUUCUUCAUCACCAUCUAUCAUCCAUUUGAUCCAGGUUAUUUCGAAUGUCUGAUGCUUCUACUAAAACCUAAACACGGCUGUUGGAUGAAAAACUUGACUCUUUGACUCUUUUACACUUAAAAGCUGCACACUUCAGAGACAGAUAUCUCUCUCUGUAGGAGCUUGGGGAAACCAAAACAGAGCUAAAAGGAGGGUUAAAAGAUGUGUUGGAUGUGUAAAUAGGUCAAGUUGAUGAUGCUAAUGUUUUUCCGCUUUUAAAAAUCACCUAAAAGUAUCAACCUUUCUUAGACUCAAGUACAAGAUAUCCUCCGAUAAUGACUUCUUCCUCUGCUCUGUCUUCCCUCAGGAUGUAUGAAACCUCAUGUACAUGUGAAAUUCUCCACAGAGCUCCCCACAUACAUCGUCUGAACUCUGAACUGGAUGACCACUCCAGCUGCAUCAUGGAUUUUUUUAAUCUUCUAUUUUUAUUUACCAUUUGGGACACAAUGGUUUUGAGCUUUACACAUACCUGUGCAUCUCGGACCCUGCUGACACAUACUGUGCUCUGUUCCAACCAGAUGAAACUGUGUACAGGUUUUUUUUUUUUAUUUAUGUAUUUCCUUUAAAAAUACAUGAAACUUUUUAAAAAUGCCAUUUAUUUAUACAAGUCGGAUACAUAAUCCAGAGAGAGCGGCAGCAUGAACCAGUGAGGGGAAAAUAAAAUAAGCAACAAUGUUUUGACUUUGCUUAUCUAAGAUUGGUUCACUGUUCUAUGAAGCUAACAGCAGUAGUGUAUUAUUUAUUCAUACAAAUAUACUUUUGUGAAAUAUGUUAUUAGAAGUGAACAAAACAUUUAUUUUGUAAAUCAUGAAUGUCUAUGUUAGAAAUGUGUGUAUUUUAAUAACAAAUGUCAUACUUAACAUAAAUACUGUUAUAAAAUAUGAAUAGGGUACUUCAAAGCUUUUGGUCCAUUGUCUCUAGGAAAGCUGAUUUAUGGCACAAUACACAUUUUCUACUGAAAUAACUCUUUUUUUCAGAUUUUAAUUUCAAAACAGAAAUACAGGGUUUGGUUUUCUGGAUUAAUUUAAACUUUGCUGUUUAUCUAAUGCUCCUGAUACUAUUUAUGAUAAAUGCCAGUUUGUAAAAUGUUUUUGUGCUUCAGAAUAAGAUAAAACUUCAUGGAAAUGGCACUGAACGGCACCUUCCAUCCACAACUGAUCCCCUUAUACCACCAGACUGUAACCUUUAGGAAUAGAAGGAGAAAAGCGGCGGGAGCGAAUGUCCCCCAAAGAAAACUAUUCCAAAGUUUCAGUCAGCUGCACCUCGACCUCGGCCACCAUCCCUACAGGAGGCCGAGUACAAUUUAUCAAGGCAAAGAUCUGAGGUGGCAGUUGGAAUGAGAUACAGCUGCUUUGUGAGAGAAUCCAAAGACCACAGCAAAGACAGAGAGACACAGAGACAGAGGUUAACAGAGAUGGAAGAGUGCUUUUUGGAGACGUGACGCAUUAAGAAUGUUGUAUCAGACAGAAUAAGAAGAGGCCGACUUGUUGAAUACUUAAUGUGGCCAGUCAAGCUCAAGGCCGGCUAAGGUUGGUGACACAUUUAGGCUAAUGUCCCGACCCCCCCUCUCGAGCUGCAGCCGUCUUCAUCCCAGCUCAUUAUGUGGUGCUGCAGGAGCAGGAGAAGUAGAGCGCAGAUGCUACCAGGCCACACAGAUGGUUAGCUUGUUCAGGGGACUGUCACGCCCUGUGGUACUUUGUGUGGGAAAUCUGACAGAUGUAAAAAGCCUGAUUGAUGCCUUUCAAAUCUUAUGAGGCUGCAUUUCCGGAUUUGUUUUAUUUCUCUCGUUCUCUCUCUUUUUCCUACGAGGACAUGGAAAUACAGAGCAAGCAUUGUUUAUGUCAAUUUACGAUGAGAUGUGUUCAGUCGUGGCUGUGCAGAGAUUGCCCCAGUAGAUCCACCUACACAAGAGAAGAGAAUGUAAAUCUGGACCAUGCAGAAGAGCGAUCAUUAGAGACACACAGCGGCUGCUUGGCAUUGCACUUGACCUCUGCUCAACAGGAACAGGGAAAUGAGGAUGACAUUUUCUCUUGGCUUUUUAGAGAUCUGCCAAAAGAAGGUUUUGUCUUAAGCUGUUGUGGAUUUGAUUGGUGACAUAUACUCAUAUGGAAAAAGGUAUAUGCUGUGUAAGAGCGUUGGCAAUGACAGUUGAGAACACAGAUGAAGAGGAACUUGUUUUUAUCCGGGUGGGACUUCACCACAGCGGACGUGCUGUGCAGACAGAAGAAGCCGUACAGAUGGUGGAAUGUGCCAAUUUCAGAACCGAAUAUGAUGAAAAAAAUGCUGCUUUGUUGCUUCACUGUUGAUGCACAUGGAAGCAGUACGAUAGUGUGGAGAGGUAUCCUGACUGUCUUCACACAUAGAGACAAACAAGGCCUGAAGCUCGCAGGCGUCUUUGUGUUAAACAUUGUUAACUCACAUAUUGAGCUGCAGCUAGGCCUUUAUUUUACUGUCAUUACACCAGCACGUGACAAAGCAGGUUGUUUCUUUUGACUUCAAACAACCAUGUGCUUCAGUUUCACAAAAUGGAAAAAAGUUAUCGGAAAACAAGUGCGACUGGUCGUCAGCAGGUUGUUGUCUCCUCAAAACCAGAAGUUUUGCCAAAACUUUUUCUUAACUUCCCCUUGGUGAGUUACUGGUUGCCUCUUGAGUUUUGAACAGCAGUGGGCGGUGAGCAUCCAGAGGUCAAGAGUGCACCGGUGUGUGGGCUUUCAGAGAACAGAGUAGGUGCUUGUGUUUUGUACAGUACAUGACUUGCUGGUACGUGUUGCCCUGAAAGAAUGAGAUUUACCAGGACUAUGUUCUGCUACAGCGAUUAAUAUCCUUCAGACGAGCUGUGGUGAAUGUGCUUAAAAAAGAACGUGUUUAUAUUUCAAAGCUGCAUGCUGACAUGAUUUUCGGUAACGAUCCAGCUUCUAUCUUCACAAUAAUUAUAGCUUUGUGUAUCCAUCUGAGGCUGCGGGACUUAAUUUGUGCUCAGGUAUGAGGUGGUUUAUCUCAUCCCAUUGCAUGGUAUAUAAGGGGGAUUUAACCUGCCAGUGGUUUGAUUUUUGUUGAUCAGCAACAUCAGUUAUGUGUCUCUGAAAUGUAGCAAUAUGAUUGGGUCCCCACACUUUUUUUAGUUUUGCAAAGUGAGGAUGUAAAGUUGAAUAAUGGCAGGAUUUAGUUUAUGUUUCAGAUUUUCUGUCUGGCUCUGGUUUUAACAGCUUGAGGGGAGACAUGCAGCACAGUAGCGUGUAACCACAGACCCGCGGAGCAAAGCAGCUGAGAGCUAAUCCUAACCCCAACCCCAGGGAGCAGGAAAUGACCCCAGCAAGAUAGGAUCAGGAGGACCGUCAUAAUAAAAGCAUCUCCGGCCUUGGAGUUUCACUGGGAGGAGGACAGAUCGAACAGGCAGGAAGUCCUGUGACAUGAGGCAUCCCUGGCUUCCUGGCUCGGAUGAGCUGCGAUGUGACAGCACCCUAGGGUUCGGGAAGCAGCAUCAAGUUGUAGACUUGCUUUGAGCUACGCUCUCUUCCUCUCCCUUUCCCUCCUCUAUCUCCUCCAUGACGCAGGAUUAGCAAGAUUAUUAUUUUUAUAGAGAAAUAUUAAUAAUAAUAACAAAAAAAGAGUUUUAUUACUGUACAGCUUUUGUAUGAGAACAGACGGUAAGGUGUUACAGUGUUUUUGUUUGACCUCAACUGUGCUGUGUGUAAUUGUUUUAUGCAUUUACAAUCAUAUUUAUUAAAUGGAAAGACGUCUGUUAACUGUGUUCUCAUUUUCUUACAAUAUUUGUAAAGAAAUACUAUGUAUUUGCGUAAGUAAUAUUCAACCUAUAAAGAAAACAAAACAA